CAGCACAUACUGUAUGCAUUUGUAUCCUUUUUGCUAUUUCUUUUCGUGAUCCUGUACCAUGAGCUCUAUAACCCCUGUCAUUCUCGAUGAAGACACAUAUACUGAUGCCAUUGGCUUCAUUAUUGAGAGAGAUUUUUUUCCGAAUCUGGCCAAGAUGAAAGCACAUACAACUUAUUUGGAAGCCCAAGCCCACGGUAGCUUGAUCGAUCUACAGCAAGCUGGAAAAGCGCUUCAUGAUCUCGAGACUGGUUCUGGGAGACAACAAGGAAAAUCCACGAAUAUCAAUUCCCUACAACAAGCUCAGAACUUCUAUAAUGCAGAAGCACUGGAUCUAAGCGAACGAGUGAAUCUCAAUCUAUCUCUGGACCAAUUCCAAACACUUUAUACGAGUGAAGACAAUGCUUCGUUUGCGGAUUUGCUGGAAAAAGCCAAUGCGAAACGCAAAGAAAAAUACCAAAGGAUCUUCCACAAAGAAUCUAAACAACUGAGAAUCACCGAUGCUCCUCACGAACAGAGUUCGGUCAAGCUGGUAGAACCUGGGGAUAUUGCUCCUGGUACUUGGAAAUACAAAGUCAGGAAUGCUCUCAUGUAUUUACCCGAAGGCAAGAGUGAAUCUUGGAUAAACGAAGAAUCAGCGAGAGGCGCACCAAAAGCAAUUGCGUACACGAAUACCCAGUUUGAAAUCGCUGAUACAACAGCAGAAGGAAAGAACCUUGCCCCUUCGGAUCGAAUCAUACGACAAGGUGGAACGGCCACGCCAUGGCAUCAAAUUACCAGUACUGGCAAUGGUGAGGCAGGAUCGACACCAGGAUUUCGAGGCUACAGUUUGGUAGAAGCGACACCGACAAUCACACCCGGACAGAUGGGGACCCCCAUGAUGACUUGGGGUUCGAUCGAAGGAACACCAAUGCUUAUUUCAGGAUCAGAGACGCCAGGUCCUCAGUUUAGUAUGCCAAAGACAUCGCGGCGUGAAGAAAUUGGUAUGGCCUUAUCGAACAAGGCCUCGAAAGCAUAUCGCAAAAAGAUCAAUGACAAAGAACGAGCGGUACGAGGAACACCGCGGACUGGUGCCGGUUUAAUGUCACCAGCGGCUCAGCAUUUGCUUCGACGAAGUAAAACACCCUACGGUUUCGACGCGGCUCUUCGAUCCUCCUAUGUUGGUUCUCCAACACCAUCAAUACACGGUGGUGCUAAAACACCAAGGACUCCUCUAUUUCGCGCCGGUGCAACACCAUCUGCUACUCGCACACCUGCCAAGAAGUAAUAAUUAUCCAUGUAUUCUUACCCAAUCUAUAAUCCUGCAUCCAACCUCAAAAACUCGCGUAUUAUCCAAUUUAUAUUCUCACUCAUAUUCUCAUUCCAUUUUUUUUUUUUGAUACAUUUAAAUAGCGUUCGAUUUUUGCAUCUUUUUGUACACUUGAACGCCUUUUUUUUAAAAAAAAAAGAAGCUGUCAAACUCUAUCAUUAACAGGCCAUUGAGAGUGG